AUGCCUGUUCCCCACUACGGUGUCUGGGCUUGUCGCCCGUUUGACUACUACGCCGAGGGCCGUGGCCAGCCCACGCCACACAUCUACCUUUACUUCAGAGAUGACUCCUCUGGCAAGCGCACUGCUGCCAUCAACGUUAAAUCUAACGGCAAAGAAUCUCGUCUGGUCUACUGGGUUGAUAAAGACUUCACCCAUCCGAUGACCGACAAGCUCGACACCCUAGAGCUAGGAUUCCACCUGAUCCAAGAUCCCAACAAUACCCAUAAUAAUGGUAAUCAACAUCGCCAGCAUGACCACCGCCACUUCCGCUAUGAUCACUAUACUCCACAACACGCCGAUCUAGAGGGACUUGACUUCUACCGCACAAAAGGCCUCGUGAACAUUCUUGCCGGCGAGAUCCUGAAGCACGACAUCGACGGGCCUGACAAUGACAUUCUGGAUAAGCUGGAGCCCAUCAUCCAGGAGGCUAUGAAUGAUAAAAAGGCCACUGCGUAUAUAUUCGGCGCGUCGUUUGGAUCUGGAAUCCAUAACAUUCAUAUGAACCAGGGCAGUCUGCCCAAGUAUGACAAUGGGAUUUACUCGGAUGGUGGUUUGUUGUUCAAGUUCUCUGAUGGGCACUGGGAGGCAGUAUUCCUGGCGUUUGCUUCGCAGAGACUUCCUACGGGUGAUGAUGGGGAGGCGGAGAGAGGUAGUGAGAGCUUGUUGCAGAUUAUUCGGGAAGCAGUCGGGUCCUGA